UGGUGGGGACGGUCAUUUUGAGCAGUUCUGGACGCCCAGAGACCUACAGAAUGGAUUUCCUUCGGCUACACUUCCCUGGGCUGCAUCAGGCCUUGAGGGGGGCACUGGAUUCCUUCAGCACCUUCAUGUCCUACCUCGUAGGAGAUGCAGUCCCCACAGUAGAGAAGGAGACGCAGGCAGCUGAGGAACUGGGGGAAGUGGCUAUAGGAAAGCCAGGUGGCCGAAGUGAGAGGGUGGGAGGGCCUAGAGAGGCCAGAAGAUGCCAAGAGGGAAGCUUAGCUGGGAAACAAACCUGGGAGUGGGGAGCACAAAGCUCCCCAAGGUCUAAAGCAGGGCAGGACACUAGAGCCAAGGAAGCAGCUAUGGCUCCCCUGGGUCAGGAGGCAAAUGUCCCCUUAGAUGGUGGGAUAAGGUUGGAAGCAGGGCCUGAGACUCACGGAGACAGGAGCAGUGGAGCCCAGGAGAGCCGGGAGCUGGAUGAGGAGGAAGUGAGCAGAGGGGAGCCUUUGAGUACCUGGGAACAGGAGGAGGAGGAGGAGGAAGAGGUCAGGGCAACAGAGCCAGGGAUAGCUAGCGGGGUGGAGUCACAGUUGACUUGGCACUCUGAAGAGCCUGAGGGGAAAGCUGGCACUGGUGGGCAGAAGGUAACAGAGGGCAGUGAGUGGGUGACCAAGGACGCAGCUGCAGAAACCAAAGGGCCUGGGGCUAUAGGGGCUGUCAGAGAAGAAGAGAGGGUCCUGGUGAUGGGUGGCCCAAGUGCAAAGGCACAGGGGACACAAGGUCCAGGGGAAGAAUCUGUGGACUGGGAAACAUGGGGCAGAGAGGAAGCCCAGGCAUCCUCAGGCAAGGAGGCUGACCUCCCAGGAGUCAAGGAGACAGAACAUGGGCCGGUCUUGGGAGAAAGCAUCCCAGAAGCUAGUGGGAGAAUCUGGAUUCUAGAAAAAACCUGUAGGGGAGACCUAGAAGAGGAGAUGGGUGAGAAGAGAAAGGCUGAAGCAAAGCUUGAGACCCAGACCCUGGAGACAGAGAGAAUAGCAGAGGCAGAUGAAAGCCAGACAUCGGAGAGGGAGGCUGUGGGAGGCCAGGAGACAGGGGGUUGCUUUGAAGGCGAGGGGAGGAGAGACUUGGCCAUCAGGGCUGAUGAGACAAGUCUGGAACAGGAGAUGCAGGCAGAGAAGGCUCUCAGGGGGAAAGAGAGUGGCCUCUGGGCCACAGAGGCUAUGCUGGCCCUGGAUAAGGAGGCUGAAGGUGAGCUGGAUUUGGAAGCAGCCCCAGAAGCCAGGCACGAGGAGUUGUUCUUGGGAGAGAGGAAUGAAGAGGCUCAGAUAAGACAAGGAUUAUUGGAAGUGAAGGUCUCUGAAGGCCAGGAGCCUGAGCUUACAGGAGACCCUCAGACUCCAACCAGGCAACCUGAGGAAAGUCAGGAAGAGCCUGGGAGAAUUCCAGAUCUGAGCAAAGAGGAGACACUGCAAAAUCUGAAGGCGUAUUGCAGGUACAUGGAGACUUCAAGUGUUGGGGUAGAAGCCUGCGAAAACUGGAAGAGAAGGGAGAGCAGAAAUCCUCAGGAGGGAAAAACAAAUGCUGAAGCAGGAGAGGAAGGGGCUGCAUUAGGCCAGGCAGUGGAGGCCCAGGCUAAAGGAAGCCAGGAGCUUGAACUUCCAGUGGUACCAGUGUGGGGAACAGAUGAAGAACUGGCAUCUCAGGCUGUAAACCAGGAGCUGAAGGGAAGUCAAGAAGCAGAGGUAGCAACAGGACAAUCACUGGGAGAGUUAGAGGUCAGAGAAAGCAGAGCUAGUGAGGAGGAGGCUGCUGUGCCUUGGGAGGGAGACAGAACAUCCAGAGGAGGCUGGAGGCUGGAGGAGGCAGUUCUGAGUCUCCAGGUCAGUGAGGACAUGCAGAGCAGGUCUUUGAAUCCUGAUACUGGGGAGGACAAGGCCAUCCCAGGUAUCAGGACUGCUAGGGAAGGGCCACAGCAAGAAGCUGUGUUGGCUUGGGAGGGGGAGUUUAGGCGAAGCUGGCAUUCUGAAGGUCAAGUGGAUGCUUGGAGAGGCACAGAGCUGGAGGAGGUGGCUGACGGGGAGAACAGAGGUGAAACAGAAGUUGGUGAGACCGGGGAGGAAGAACAAGCAGAGGUAGGAGGAUCUGCACUGGCAGGAGGAAGCAGUAAGGUGGGUGAUGUGACCUCAGGCUCUCAGGCAGUGAGAACAGAGGGGGCCACAGUCACGGAGGAGACUGAGGGCCUCCUAGAAGAGCAGAUGGCAUUAGAAGAAGCAGCUAGGGGAGAACUAGUGAGAAAGGCACAAACACUGCAAGAUGUGGAGAAUGUCACAAGUGAAGGCCAGAGGACAGAGAUUCAGGAGACUGAUCCAGAAGGCCUGGAGGACAUCCCAGGACAAGAAAGGCAGCCAACACCUCAGAUCCCUGCAGAGGUCCUGCUUGGCCCCUCUGAAACUGCUGAAAGGGCAGGAAAUGCCACAGGGGAUGCUCACAGCAGCUGGAGUGAGGCCCUGCUCCCCGGGUCCCUUCUGGACGUCUCUGCCCCACGGAGCCGAGUGCUUCUCUCACGAAGCUCCUCACAGCGACGACGCUCGCGGCCCUCUUUCCAUCGGACACCCGUCCCUGAGCAGCAGUCAAACUCUCCUAGUCCCCAGCCCCAGGAGGAGCUGUCAGCCCCUGAGCAGUCACUUCUUCAGCCAGAGGAAGUCCCAGAGCCAAGUACCCCAAGGCCUGGAGGGACCCCAGUGCCAGCCAGAAGAAGGCCCCCAGGACAUGGGUUUGGCCUUGCUCAUCCAGGAAUGAUGCAGGAGUUGCAAGCCCGGCUGGGCCAGCCAAAGCCCCAGUGACUGGGUCUUGAGCACCAGUGAGCCAGGGCCUGAGUGAGGGUCAGAAGGAUGGGCCCUGCUCACCCCUGACUCCCUCAGCCACUGAAGCACAUCCUUUUCACCCUCUGGGCCUCGGGGAAAGAAAAUCAAACAAACAGAUGUCUGUGAAGACCUUGAAUUUAAGGAGCCCAAUUCCCCAGUGCAGGCUGGUCCCAUUGGGGCCCUUCUCAUGGGUCGCUGCUCUGGUCAUCUCCCCAACCUAUCUCUGCUGUCCAGAAGCCUGCAAGGAAGAUUGAGGAGCAGAGACUGGUCUCUCCCAAGCCUUCCCUCUGUGACUUCCCACUGCCCAUCAUGCUGUAGCUCCAUACCGUGCUGUGUAAGAUAACCCACCAUUGGGUAUAAACCAACCCAAGGGAAAGGGGUUUCAAAGGCUGAGGGGCAACACUUAGAAUCAGUGGCCUGUGCACAACAAGCCAGCUGCUUUGAGUUUCCAAAGUGGUAGACCAGUCCCAGAACGCUAUUGUUUUUUAUGGUAGCCUCCAGUUGAGCAGGUCAACAUGAGGGAAGAUGGGCCAGGAACUACAAGAAUAUGGGAGCAUAGUAGCCAGAGGCUUCCCAUUCCAUCCCAGGUUGUCCUGUCUUGGUCCUUGGGUGUCAGGCACCUCACCUCAUCUGUGAAAAGAUGCUGAGGCAUAGAGGGGGCAGGAGGGCUUUAUUAGGUACCCAGCCUGGUGGCCUCGCCCAAGGAUGAAGCAAUAAAUAAACCAUUAUCUCCUAAAAAAAUAA